UACUGAAUGGACUGAAAUUCACGAUAUUUACGAAGCCUUAUUACCCAGCAAAGAAGCUACGAUUAAAUUGCAGAAGAAAGACAUUUCUUUCACUGAGUUUUACCGAAUAUGGAGAACCAACUAUUUGAAAACAAGUAAACUAGAUGUUCCACUUGCACGUAAGAUAUCAACUUACUUGUGUAUAAGAGAACAGAAAUUAUUUGAAAAUCCUAUUUACUUCGGAAAUAUGUAUCUCGAUCCUCGGUACAAGAAGGUUUUAAACGCUGCCCAACAAAAAAGUGCGAUUUCUUACUUGACGAAAAUGUAUCGUAGAUGGACGGAUAUGAAAGCAGAAAUACUCGAAGAACAAAAGAAAGAAAUAGAAACGUUGACUACUAAUGAACCUCAAAACGAAUCAGAAACAGACCCAGACGAUCCGCAGGCAAUUGAGAUGGAUGAGUUUGAAAUCGAAAUGCGUCAACUGAAUGGUCCCACAGACGAGUUUAAUGCUGAUGUAAUAACCAAUAGUACCGAUUUGGCAUUUCAAAAUACACUUCGAGAAUUUUACAGUGAACCUGUAAUUUCUACAGACUCUUCUUUAGAAACGUUCUGGUCGGUGAAAAAAACAACUUACCCAGAUUUAUAUGAAAUUUAUUUAAUUUUAUCAGCAGUGCCUUGCACCCAGGCCGAUGUCGAACGGCUAUUCAGUGGUCUCAAAUUGGUCCUAAGCGACCAACGCAAUCGAUUAUCGGCAGAAAACUUGAAUAAUAUUCUUUUAUUGCGAUGUAAUUGGGAUCUGGUCAAAUCAGUUCCUAUUUUUCGAAUUUUGUGAAACGUUGCUGUUACUCAUUUAUUUUUAAUUUCUAAUUUUUUUGUUCCGUUUAUUUACCAGUUUUAUUUUUAAUUUUUUUGAUCCUUUCAUUUGGUUUAUUUACCAGUUUUCUCAGUUAUUGCCAAGGAUAUUAUUAUUCUUUUUAUUAAUCAUUAUUAUUAAUUACCAAUUACGAGUACAUAGGGCCAUCCAUGCCAAAUCGGCGGAUUUUUGAACGAGGGGGUCUUUGAUUUUAAUUUUUAUUCAAAAUCAGGUUAUGUAUAGAGGUCAUCAGACGAUGACGAAUGACGCAAACCUGGCAUUUUUUCGAUUUUUUUUUGGCGGAGCUAUGGGGCUUCAAAGUUCUCCAAAAUGGCUGAAAAUGGAAAAUUUCAGCAAAUUGCUCCGGUUGUACGUGGUAUAGAAUUUUGAACUUUUUUUCAAAUUGAGUACUUUGAGAGGGUAAUUGACGAAUGAUGUCAAAAUCGGGGAGGUGGUCACUCUCAAAAACCUGAAAAAAAAAACAAUUUAAAAACUUAUAAUUAAAAUAUAACCAUGAUCUUGACGAGGUAAAAUUCUGAAAGAAUGCUUAGUUUUGGUUCUUUUUAUGUAGAAUAACAUAUCAUAAAGUUGGACUGGCAUUUUCUCUCAUUUUUGAGAAAAAAAAAUUGAAAGCUUUACACUUACUUAUUGCAAAAAUACCAUUACAAAUACAAACCUAUGAAAUGAAAAUUUUUGAAAUAAGUGUAAAGCAAAGCUAUUAAUUUUUUUUCUCGAAAAUGAGAAAAAAUGCAUGUCCAAUUUUUUGAUGUGUUAUUCUAAAUAAAAAGAACCAAAACUAAGAAUUUUUUCAGAAUUUUACCUCGUCAAGAUCAUGGUUAUAUUUUAAUUAUAAGUUUUUAAAUUGUUUUUUUUUUCAGGUUUUUGAGAGUGACCACCCCCAGAUUUUGACAUCAUUCGUCAAUUACCCUCUCAAAGUACUACAAUUUGAAAAAAAGUUCAAAAUUCUAUACCACAUACAACCGGAGCAAUUUGCAACUGAAAUUUUCCAUUUUAGGCCAUUUUGGAGAACUUUGAAGCCCCACAGCUCCGCCAAAAAAAAUCAAAAAAAUGUCACAUUUGUGUCAUUCGUCAUCGUUUGAUGACCUGUACACAUACACGUACACAUGAUCUGAUUUUGAAAAAAAUCGAAGACGCCUCCUGCUAAAAUCCGUCAAUUAGGCAUAAAAUGACCCAUAGUAAAAGCAAUGGUGCUGUUACUCAUACUCACGUUCUUAAUUUUAGUUCAUUUAUUUGUUUGUAUUACAAGUUUUCGUUUUCUCGUUGGUUAUAUUUACCAAUGAUGUUAUUUUAUCAAUUAAUUACAUAAUUUUACUAUCUUGUG